AAGGCCCACACCAGCACGGCGCAAACCACCAGCUCAGUUCAUUUUAGGACGUCCGAGCGGCGUGAUCACGGGAAACGAACUCGGUAAAUUUAUCAUGUGGUGAAUGAUAGCUAGACUUCCCCCAACCCAAGCAUUCUCUCUCUCUAUCUGAACGUCUGGAAAUAUUUUGCAGCACUGAAUGGUGACUAUGUGCUGAGUUAAGGGCGAGAAUUACAAAGACAAGAUGUUACGCGUUACAAUACACCAUGUUUCUGGGCUGGAGGGAUGCUGGGCGGUCCUCAGAAUGGGUCACCGUAGGGGGCCGAGUGACCUCCGCCGCUUCCAUACAAGUGCGUCAGCUGGGUCAUCUCUCAUCCCCCAAGCUGAUGACUUCGCUGAACGCCAUAUUGGGCCGCGGAGACAUGACCAGGAAAAGAUGCUGAGUAUGCUGGGGUUCAAGUCCCUGGAUGAGCUGACAGAUGCCGCCGUGCCUGAAAACAUCCGUCUGGGGCGCGACCUGGAGGUGGACCAGCCGCUGGGGGAGCAUGCUGUGAUUGAACGCAUCCGCUACAUCUCCGAAAAGAAUGAGAUCUGGCGCUCCUACAUUGGUAUGGGCUACCACAACUGCCGGGUGCCGCACUCCAUUCUCAGGAACAUCUUCGAGAACCCUGGCUGGACCACUCAGUACACCCCAUACCAGCCUGAGGUGGCCCAAGGACGUCUAGAGUCCCUACUGAACUACCAAACACUUGUCACGGACCUCACUGGGCUGCCAGUGGCCAACGCUUCCCUGCUGGAUGAGGGUACUGCUGCUGCUGAGGCUGUGGCCCUUGCCUUCAGGCAGAACAAGAGACGAAAAGUGUACCUCUCGGACAAGUUACACCCGCAGACGCUGGCAGUGGUGCAGACAAGAGCUAUUCCCCUUGGUCUUGAAGUGCUCAUUGGAAACAUUGCAGACAUUGACUUCUCCAACCGGGAUGCCUGUGCUGUGCUCUUCCAAUACCCUGACACUGAGGGAACUAUCACGGAUUUCUCGGAGAUUAUUCAGAAUGCUCAGACCAAUGGGACCAUGGUGGUGUGUGCUACUGAUCUCCUGGCACUCACCAUCCUCCAGCCCCCAGGGGAGAUGGGGAUAGAUGUAGCUGUGGGGACCUCCCAGCGCCUUGGUGUCCCCCUGGGUUACGGCGGCCCCCAUGCUGGGUUCUUUGCCUGCAAGAGUCCCCUGGUUCGACUCAUGCCUGGGAGAAUGAUUGGGGUUACCAGGGAUGCCAAUGGGAAGGAAUCAUACAGACUGGCCCUGCAGACUCGAGAGCAGCACAUCCGCAGAGACAAGGCUACCAGCAACAUCUGCACUGCCCAGGCUUUGCUCGCCAACAUGUCUGCAAUGUUUGCAGUGUACCACGGUCCACACGGACUUAGGAACAUUGCCAACCGGAUCCACAAUGCUGCCAUUAUUCUGAAACGUGGGCUGGAGGAUGCCGGGCACAUUGUUGAGAAUCAGUUUUUCUUUGACACUAUGAAGGUAAAUGCCACCCUGGCCACAAGUGAGAUCAGGAUGCGAGCCCAACAGAAGGAGAUCAACCUUCGCUACUUCAGAGAUGAGACGGUGGGCAUUGCUCUGGAUGAGACAGUGGAGAAGCAGGAUCUGGACGACCUCUUCUGGGUGUUCAACUGCAGGAACACAACAGCUGAUAAGGUGACAAAGCACUUAGGAGAGCAAGCGCUACCACCAGAACACCUGAGCAACACACAGUUCAAACGCACCUCAGAGUUCCUGACACAUCCGAUCUUCAACACACACCACUCAGAGACCCAGCUGGUGCGCUACAUGAAGAUCCUGGAGAACAAGGAUGUCUCCCUGGUGCACUCCAUGAUCCCCCUGGGCUCCUGCACCAUGAAGCUCAACAGUUCCACGGAGAUGAUGCCAUGUAGCUUCCCCCACUUCACGGAGAUCCACCCCUUCGUCCCCCAGGAGCAGGCAUUGGGUUACCGCCUCCUGUUUGAAGAGCUGGAGAAAGACCUGUGUGAGAUUACCGGCUACGACAAGAUCUCCUUCCAGCCCAAUAGUGGUGCCCAGGGUGAAUACGCUGGGCUGCGCGCCAUCAUGUCCUACCUUGACGCACGAGGGGAGGGCCACCGCAAUGUGUGUCUCAUCCCCACCUCAGCCCAUGGCACCAACCCGGCCUCCGCUCAAAUGGCUGGCAUGAAGGUGGAGCCUGUGAAUGUGGAUAAGGACGGCUCAAUUGAUAUGGGCCAUCUAGUAGGCAAGAUCAAGAAGCAUGAGAAGCAAUUGGCAUGUCUCAUGAUCACAUACCCGUCCACCAAUGGCGUGUUUGAAGACAACGUGAAGGACGUCUGCCAGAUGGUGCACGAUGCUGGGGGACAGGUGUACCUCGAUGGCGCCAACAUGAACGCUCAAGUGGGUCUGUGCCGGCCGGGAGACAUUGGGUCUGAUGUGUCUCAUCUCAACCUCCACAAGACCUUCUGCAUCCCACAUGGAGGAGGAGGACCUGGCAUGGGACCGAUAGGAGUUAAGCGUCACCUGGAACCAUACCUGCCCAGCCACCCUAUUAUAGACCCCAUGGCCCUCAUGCAGAAGCGAGCCCGAAGCUUUGGUGUGGUGUCUGCUGCUCCCUAUGGUUCUGCUGCCAUCCUCCCCAUCUCCUGGGCCUAUGUCAAGAUGAUGGGACCAAAGGGACUGCGAAAGGCGACACAGGUGGCCAUCCUGAACGCCAACUACAUGGCCAAGAGACUGGAGAAGGACUACAAGGUGCUGUACCGUGGCUCCAAUGGUCUGGUGGCUCAUGAGUUUAUUCUGGACAUGCGAGAGUUCAAGAAGACAGCAGGCAUUGAGGCGACAGACAUUGCCAAGCGCCUUCAGGAUUAUGGUUUCCAUGCCCCCACCAUGUCCUGGCCGGUGGCUGGGAGUCUCAUGGUGGAGCCUACUGAGUCUGAGGACAAGGGGGAGCUUGAUAUGUUCUGUGAUGCAAUGUUGUUGAUUCGUCAAGAGAUCCGUGACUUGGAGGAAGGUCGCAGUGACCCCAAGUGCAACCCACUCAACAUGUCACCCCACCCACUGGUCACUGUCGCCAGCUCCACCUGGGACCGACCCUACACCCGGGAACAGGCCGCCUUCCCUGCUGCUUUCAUCCGGCCCGAGUCCAAGUGGUGGCCGACAGUAGGAAGGAUUGACGACAUCUAUGGCGACCGCAACCUCGUGUGCACGUGUCCCCCCAUGGAGGCUUACACUUCCCCCUACGACCAGUGAUGAGAGAAGAGCCACAUGUCAGGUCACACAUCUGGGCUCCUAACACAUGUCCAUCUUUCUUCCUUCCCUCGUUUCUCAGCACCUUCAUUUCUUCCUUCCUGCUGUUCCCUUGUAUCUUCCUCCAGUCCUCUUCUUUUUCCCUUUCUAAGUAAUGUUAUAUCAAUCUUCUUUCAUUUCCCAGUACUCAUGUUUCCUAUCUUCCUUCACUCUUAGUAUCCUCUUCUCUUCCUUCAUUCCUCUUCUAAAAUCUUCUCUACCUCCUUUUCUUCCUAUUCAAGUAAUGCUAUGUUUUAUCUUCCUUCAUUUCCCAGUACCACCUCUUUCUACCUUCCUUUAUUUCCAGUCCUUGUCUAGAACCCCCAUCCAUUUUCCUUCCUCUCCUAUUAUUCCUUCCAUCUUAUUCCUUCCUUUCUACUCCUAGCACCUUCUUCCUUCUUUUUUUCAUGUGUGUGUGUGUGUGUGUGUGUGUGUGUAUGAAUGUGUGUGUAUGAAUGUGUGUGUGUGUGUGUGUGUGUGUGUGUGUGUGUAGGCACUUGGUAUAUACUGCACUAUGGUCUAAAAUGUAUACAUCAUCUUGAUUAUACAUAUAUAAAACUAUAAGAAAUAUACACAGUAUAUGUAGGAUCUAAAGCUUAAAAGACUAUCAGAGAGAGAGAGAGAGAGAGAGAGAGAGAGAGAGAGAGAGAGAGAGAGAGAGAGAGAGAGAGAGAGAGAGAGAGAGAAUGCAUAUCACUGUUUAUAUAUUAUGCAAUCUAAUGUUGACUAAUAUAAUUCACAUUUAUUCUGAUCAGUACUCAAGACUCAGACACUCAUAGUCAGUAAGGUACAAUCAUUACUUCCAGCACUGAGGAGCACUUGGCAGGUUCUCUUCACAAACCUUGGCAUCAGUGAGUGUGGGAUGCAUCCUCAAAUGUUUCAGCAUCUUACCUUGCCCAUUUGUAAUAGGCUCAAAGGUGUUUUCAUGAUUCUAAUGAUAGUUUAACAAGAACUGUGCUUAGGGGAGAGAAGGACAUCAAUGAAAUCAGACUAAUCAUUUCUGUGGCUUCUGUAAGGAGUGCUAAAGAGAGGACAUUGUUUUAAGGAUCCAAGCUUGUGAUCAACAUUAUUCAAUCAAAUGCUGUUAUUUUUCAAAGUCAAUGCACUGAGCUGGUUUUGUGUAUGUACUUAAUGUUCUUGGUGAUGUUAUCCUUUUAUUUUUCCUUUUAUUUGAGCUGCACAAUACAUGAUAAAUAAAGGACACAGAAGAUUG